AUGGAAGGCGAUCUGUCAUCAUUGAAACCUCACGCUUGCAGGCCGGGAGGAGCACAGGGAGCUUAUAAUCAGUCACAUGGUGGGCGAUCACUGGGGCCAGGGAAAAUGCACGGAAUGGUCAUGGGCGAAAAAGCAAUAAUUCAGGAAAGCAAAAAGGCAGCAGCCAGACAAGAAGCAGCAGCAGAACCAAGACCCGACGCCCCAGAAGUACAAGUUGUCAACGGCCAAAAGGCAGUUGGCGAUUCCAAGGGGAACAGAACAGAGCGAAAAAACCCGGCUGGGCGAAAAUGUGAUCAGAGAUUAGUGGCCCCCUCUCCUUCUGCGUCAUUGCCCGCAGCUUGUGACAAGGCUUAUACCUCGACAUACAAAGUAAAUCACCCUGAAAGGGAGAGAGCGAGAAAGAAAGAAGGAGAAAGCCUUGUUUGCUUGGUCGACCCGGCCGUAGUGGGAAAUCAGAAGUGGGUAACUGGUGGCCAGUGCAACCCCGACUAG